AUGGCGCCCCCAAGGCCUGAAGAGACGAUAUCCGAGGACCUCGACGAGUCAUCGGGAUCGUCCGAAACGGAACAGCCCGAUAUCCAGACCCGCGCCCCCAAACGCCGAAGGCUCUCCGCAUCCUCCGAUGACUCGUACGUUGCGCCGGCGCCGCUCCCCACCCUCUCCCGUAUCAAGAAGAAAGGUGCAGAGGAUGCGAAGCCUGUGGCGUCGGCAGGUCAGGAGAACCCGGUUCUGAUCCGCGAUGCACUUGAGAUUGGGUUGCGCGAAGAGGCGUCUUCAUUUUCGGCGCUCAAUGUGGCGCCUUGGCUGGUUGGGUCGUUGACAACACUGGCUGUGAGGAAACCGACGGCGAUUCAGAAGGCGUGUAUACCGGAGAUUCUGAAUGGGAAGGACUGUAUCGGAGGCAGCCGGACUGGUUCCGGUAAGACGAUUGCGUUUUCGGUGCCGAUGCUGCAGAAGUGGGCGGAGGAUCCGCUUGGUAUCUUUGGACUUAUCUUGACUCCUACUAGAGAACUUGCGUUGCAGAUCUUUGAGCAAAUAAAGGCCAUCUCGGCGCCACAGAGCAUGAAACCCGUGCUUAUCACCGGUGGAACGGACAUGCGGUCCCAAGCACUCGCUCUGGCAGGCAGACCCCACGUGGUCGUCGCGACCCCCGGCCGUCUGGCCGAUCACAUCAAGUCCUCCGGCGAGGACACGGUAUGCGGCCUCAAGCGCGUCCGCAUGGUCGUUCUCGAUGAAGCGGACCGGCUCCUUUCCAGCGGACCGGGCAGCAUGCUCCCGGACGUCGAGACAUGUCUCUCGGCCCUCCCGCCCUCUAGCGAGCGGCAGACCCUCCUGUUCACGGCGACAGUGACACCCGAGGUGCGCGCGCUGAAGAACAUGCCCCGCGCCGCCAACAAGCCGCCCGUCUUCGUGACCGAGAUCUCGUCCGAGAGCCAGGGCACCGUGCCCCCGACGCUCAAACAAACGUACCUCAAGGUCCCACUGACGCACCGCGAAGCCUUCCUGCACGUCCUUCUCUCGACGGAAGGCAACAGCACCAAGCCCGCCAUCAUUUUCUGCAACCACACCAAGACCGCGGACCUGCUCGAGCGCAUGCUCCGCCGCCUCUCGCACCGCGUCACCUCGCUGCACAGCUUGCUCCCGCAGUCUGAGCGCAACGCCAACCUGGCCCGCUUCCGCGCCUCCGCCGCCCGCAUCCUCGUCGCCACGGACGUUGCCUCCCGUGGUCUUGAUAUCCCCUCCGUCAGCCUCGUCGUCAACUACGACGUGCCGCGCAACCCGGACGACUACGUGCACCGCGUGGGUCGUACAGCACGUGCCGGCCGCAGCGGUGAGUCCGUGACGCUGGUCGGCCAGCGCGAUGUGCAGCUCGUGCUGGCGAUCGAGGCCCGCGUUGGCCGCCAGAUGGAGGAGUGGAGCGAGGAGGGCGUUAGUAUCGAAGGUCGGGUGGUGCGCACGGGUGUCCUCAAGGAAGUCGGAGAGGCCAAGCGCGAAGCCUCUGGGGAGAUCGACGAGGGCCGUGAUGUGCUGGGACGGAAGCGGAAUAAGCUGAAGAAGGUGCGGUAG